CUUGCCUUGCCCUCCCCCCCUUCCCAACCUCGCACGUGCACUUGUAACCCUAACCCUAAGUCCCAAAUGUUCGAAUCUGGGCCAAAACCCUAACCCUAUAUGGGAGAAGGAAAGAGCUGAGCCCAAGAGAGGAGAAGAAUGGCGUUUUUGGUCGUCUCCAGGUACUCCCCCUUAUUCGCCAUCCUCUUCGUUGCCUCUCUCGCCGGCCUCCAUUGCGAAAGUCCCGGCAAAAGCCCCGCUUUCUCCUUCCGCUUCGAGCGGUUCGAGAAAAAUCGAAGCUUGGAUGCGGUGAUUGCUCUGUACGGCGACGCCGAGAUUAGCGAUUUUGUGGUCGGGAUCACGCGGCCCGCGGUCUUCAGCUCGGGACGGGUCGUGUACCGGAAACCCGUCAGAUUUCUUGGGAGAAACCCUAGUUUCUCGACCUACUUCGCUUUCUCUGUCUCCUCCCCCGACGGUGGUGAGGGCUUGGCUUUCUUCUUGGCCCCGAGCAGUUCUCCUGUGAAAGAAUCGACCAACGGGCUGCAUUUUGGGCUUCCACCCGGGGCUACCGCAGUGAAAUUCGAGACACGGACGGAACCUGAGACUGGCAGCCACAUCAGGGUCGAAGUUGGUGGCGAAAUAUCCAAGCAAAGCAGCAACCUUUCCAAUGUCAGUCUGGUCUUGCAUGGUGGAGAAAAGGUGCAUUCUUGGGUCGAUUAUGAUGGGGAUUCGAAGAGAUUCGAAGUGAGGCUGAGCAAAUCGAGUGAUUCGAGGCCGCUGAGUCCGCUGGUUUCCUACCCAAUUGAUCUGUCCAGGGUGCUGCAGAGGGAGGAGAAGCUUGUGGGCAUCAGCUCUUCGAGUGGAAACUCGACUCAGACCAGCAGUGUCUACUCGUGGAGCUUUGCUGUUAAACGUGGAGCUCCGUAUUCGAUGCAUUCUGAGCCCCUGGAUCCUCGUCCAUUCGUGGUGCGGGCUCGUGAGAGCCCUCCGAUUCAUCUUAGGAGGACUUAUCCUUGGGGUGUGUUUGUAGCAAUGGUGUUUGCUGCUGCUUGUGGGGGUCUGCUCACAUUCUUUGUGAUGUUUGUCUGGUUUGCCCUCAUUGCCCGGCGUCCGGUCGCUCCGGUAGAGUAUCCUGUGCAUCCGGUCGAGGUUGGGUAUCAACAGAUUGAGCUGGUUGCUGGCGAGAAGGGUGUAGACAGUACUAAGAAGUAGAGGCUUGGAGGUGAAAAUGUUGUCUGUCUUGUAUAUCUUUCUUUUUCUUUAUCCCACUUUGUAUUUUAUCGUCUGUGAUCUGAUGGAAAAUGUAGCUUUUGUGGCAAAUUUCCUCAAAUGCUAUGGUUUCCAUCAAGAAAUCAAACUGUUGUAUUUGCAUUCUCUUUGGAUGUAUGAACUAGAGGUCUCUGCUCUGCAAGUUUGGAUUUCAACUGUGAUUUCGGAGAAUAGUAGUAAUGGUAGCAUGAACAUCUUUU